UUGGUGGACUUGAAUUUUCCUCCAUACAAUUUGAGUUGACUGCAUUUCCUAGUUGUGGUGAAUUCACUAUUUGCUCAAUUAUUUUUAACUAAAAAACAAACUCCUCCAUUCACACAUUACUAUAGUCCUCUAUCUCUCAUCUCUUCCAUCUAAUUAAUCAUAUCCCCAAACUUAGCUAUAGUUCUUCAAAUUGAUCACCAAAUAUUCAUACACAUAGAUGUAUAUCCUCUGCCAAAGCCUCCUCCUCAAAUUUAUUUAUUUCUUCAUCACCACCCAAUUAUAUUUCAUCCAAAAAUCCCAUGGAAACCAAAUCAACUGCACCCCUUCUUCAUGUGGCGGAGUUCGCAAUAUUAGAUAUCCUUUCAGGCUCAAUACCGAUCCAAAACGUUGCGGUCAUCCCAAAUACGUACUUUCAUGCGAAAACAAUACAACUUCACUAUACCUCAACUCUCAUAAAUACCUAGUCCAUGAAAUCAACUAUACCAAACACACCUUCCGUCUUGCUAUUCCUUAUGUGACAAUGAUUGAGAGUUGCUCAUUCCCCAAAUACCCUUUAUUCGAUUACAGGUUUUAUCCCUAUUAUUUCAAUGUGCAAAAAAGUGUUUCAAUUAGUUUUAUGAGCUGCCCAUAUCCAGUCAAUGGUUCGAAGCUUUUGGAAAUUACUUCUCAUUGUGCAGAUAGAAAAUUAUAUGGUGUGAAUGGAAGUCGCGCAUAUAUAAUAUUUGGCACAGAUGUACACCAAGUAAAGGAUAUGUGCAAAAUAGACCUCGUGGUGAUGACUUCACUGCCACUUAAAAUAGAAGAGAAUGUUUCCUUUUCAACUAUGCACAAAGCUCUGCUAUAUGGUUUUGAGGUUUCGUGGGAUUUGAAUUCCUACUACUUCGAUGAAUGUGUACUCAGUCCAAUUGGUAGAUACUAUUUUUGCGGGAUCGUGGACAUUCUUUGGCGUAGCAUAGGUGAGUAUCAAAUUGUUGAAUAUCUUUUCAAAAAAAAAUUGUUCUUAUCCAUUAACAUAUCUUUACCUGUAGAUAGCACUUUGCCUGAAUUUUAGCUUGUUUUGCGUUUAGUCAUUUUUAUAAAUAUGAUUUUUUUGAUAUAGACCCCUCAUAAAUUGUUUUAAUAUAAAGAGGUCUAUUUUUAUUUUCUCCAUUUAAACUCAACGAUAUUUUUUAAUAAUCUCAAACUUACCGUUCAAC